GGGAAAUUUGCGUGUCAUCCCAGUCUUGUUGUGUCAUGUUGCUGUCGUUCACCGCGCUGGAAUCGGGACGCAAAAUCGAAACCGAAUUAGGGUUUCUGUGACAAACACGAUCGACGGAAUUGAUCGGACUGGAAAGAGAGAAGAUGUGGCAUGAGGCGAGAAGGUCGGAGAGGAAGGUCCAUGACAUGAUGGACGCAGCUCGAAAGAGAGCUCAGAGGCGAGCUGUUUAUUUGGCAAAGAGGCGAGGUGAUCCUCAGCAAUCAAUCCAGGCCAUUGGCUCUCGUUGCCGAACCUAUCGAGACGACGGCCUCUACCAAGCCAUCCAGGAUCAACAGGGCCUGAUUCCAUGGAAUGGGAAGCAGGAUAUUUUGAUUGACAGAUUUGAUGGUCGUGCCCUCCUUGAUUUCAUUCGGGAUACCGGGUCCAGGCGCGUGCAGGGAAAGUCAGAAGAAGAAGAAGAAUUAGAAGAGUUUGUUAAUUUUGAGCGUUAUCGGGAUUUAAUAAAGCAUCGGCAUAGAGGAUUUACCGAUGAGGAGGCUUUGCUACAUGUAAAUCAAGAGAUGGAGGCCAAAGCAGCAGCUCCAUUUGCAUCAGAUAGGUCUCACCUGUCACAGCCUCCUGCAAGUAAAGGCUCUUACUCGCAGGUGGGAUUUUCUUAUGAUGGGAAUGGAAAAGAAGAAUCCCAGAUUUCAGAUGAUGAUGAUAAUGAUGAAGAUGAGGAUGAGGAUGAUGAAGAGGAUUUUAACAGCGAUGACAGCAAUGAUGAAGGAAUGGAAAUGAUAGCAAAAGAGUAUGGGGUUAAGAGGUAUGGGUGGCUUGUUUACAUGGAUAAGAAAGCUAAGGAGGAAGAAAAAAGGCAAAAAGAGGUGAUCAAAGGUGAUCCUGCAAUUAGGAAAUUGAGUCGUAAGGAAAGGAGGAAGGCUUCUCAGAUUGAAAGGGAAAGAGAGAGAGAAGCUGCUCGGAUAUCUGGAACUCGUGUGCUGCAUCAUGAUCCCUACCGGGAACCAAGACGAAGUCCUACUUAUGAAGCUUAUUCUCGGUCUAGAAGGUCAAGAUCCAGAUCACGGUCCUACUCUCCAUCACACUCAAGGCGCUAUUCUCGUGGUGGGAAUGCAGAUGAUGUCCACCGAAGCAAACCACGGACUCCUAAAAUAGAAUAUAUCACUGAAUUUGGGGGCUCUGGAGAAGCAGAUGAACCCAAGCUUGAGAGAUUUUCUCCACCACCAUCUCCAUCUCUAGCUGAUAAGUUAAACCGGCCAUCAUCUGGUCGAAUACUUGAGGCUUUGCAUGUGGAUCCUGCUUCUGGUGUAUCUGUUGAUAAGGACAUGGGCAGCAAAGCGUCGAAGCCAUCUGUCAACACAUCCUCUGCAUUGGCAAAGUUAAGUAAGGCGAGUGCAUCUGGAGGACUCAUGAAGCAGCAGCAAGGGGAGAAGAAAGAAACUCCUCAAGAGAGACUUAAAAGGAUCAUGAACAGGCAACUAAACAAGCAAAUUAAAAAAGAUACUGCUGCAGAACUAGCUAAGAAGAGGGAACAAGAGCGGCAGAGAUUGGAAAAACUUGCUGAAACGAGCCGGCUUAGUCGGCAUAGACGCCGUAGCCGCAGUAGGAGCUACAGCCAUUCCCCCCCAAGAAGAUACAGGCGUAGCAGAAGUCCUAGUAGAAGCAGGAGUUCUAGAAGAUACUACUCUAGGUCUCGUUCUCGCUCCAGGUCUAGGUCUCGCUCUCGUUCUCGCCCGCGCUCAAGGUCUCGAUCGCCUUCCAGCUCUCCCAGGUUUAGGAACCGUUCUAGGCGCUGAUUGAAGAUUGGGUGAUCAUACAGCAGAGGAGAGGUUUAUCAGUGUAAUUAGUCUAUAUGUUUGAUUUGAUUUCUCCCAAGGGUUGGAGAGAGACGCUAAUCAUGUCCUGUUGAUUGAGUGCGGUGUAGCUAGUGAGUGUAUUGCUUAUUAUUAGGUAAUUUUGUUAUACAUGACAGGAUGGAUCAGUUUUAAAGGGAAUUACUUGCUUAGUAAUGCAUCAGAAAUUGAGUUGCGUGAUAA